GUAGCUUUCUGGCAUGUCAUUCACGAGAAACAAAAGCAAAUUUCCCCCCCCACCUCUCCGGCAGUGAGGAUAAAGGGGAUGCUUUUGUGCUUCCCCAAGCAUUGCAGCAGAAGGGCUGAGUGUGCUUUGCGGAGGGGAACUGUCUCUGCCUCGAGUCCGGACGUGGAUGGGAGCUUUCCGAGAGGGAAGUAGAGUCUUCAUUAAGUCCCACCUAGAGAAGACAACCUGUGGGCCAGGAUGCAUAGAAUGAUGAAAGAAGAAUCAAGUUUCAGGACAAGCAGCCUGGAAAACGUGACGCGGGACCCGAGCAAGGAAAAGCUGCACAUGAAGCUCUGCAGUGGGUCCUGCCAUGCUGAGCAGAUCCUCCAGACACUAAACUCCUACCGGCAGAGCGGCAUCUUCACAGAUGUGGUGCUGUUAAUUGAUGGACAAGAAUUUCCCUGCCACCGUGCCACUUUGUCAGCCAACAGCACGUAUUUCAGGGCCAUGUUUGGUGGUGAUCUCAAGGAAGGCCACCAGGAUACCAUUAAUAUCCAGAAGAUUUCUGCUUCCAGCAUGUCUCUCCUCCUUGACUACAUGUAUGGGGGGAACAUCAUCAUUCAGGAGGACAAUGUUGAAGGCAUCUUGGAACUGUCUGACUUGCUGCAGAUCUCCAAGCUCAGAGAUGCUUGUGUCACCUUCCUUGAAGGCCAGCUUCACCCGUGCAAUUGUUUGGGUAUCAUGAAAUUUGCCGAUUCAUUUUCCAUCACAUCCCUGACAGAAAAGAGCAAGAGGUUCAUGUUGGAGUGUUUUGUGGAGGUGUCGUGUCACGAAGAGUUCCUGGAGAUGGGUGUGAAGGAGUUGGUUGAAUACCUGUCUGAUGAGCAGCUGGUGGUCCCCAAGGAGGAGGUUGUCUUUGAAGCAGUCAUGCGUUGGGUACGGCAUGACGUACCUGCCAGGAAGGGAGCCUUGAAGGACCUUCUUGAGCAUGUGCGUCUGCCACUGCUUGACCCCACCUACUUCCUGGAGAAGGUGGAAAUGGAUGAACUCAUCCAGGACUCUAAGGAGUGCAUUCCUCUACUGCAUGAGGCCCGCAAGUAUUACAUCCUUGGCAAUGAGGUCAGCUCUUUGCGAUCAAGGCCAAGAAGGUUCAUGGAGCUGGCAGAAGUCAUCAUCAUCAUUGGGGGCUGUGAUAAGAAAGGCCUUCUGAAACUGCCCUUCACAGACCUUUACCACCCGAAGAGCAGGCAGUGGACAGCCCUCUCCAGCGUACCUGGCUACACCAAGUCAGAGUUUGCUGCUUGCACACUGAAGAAUGAUGUAUACAUAUCAGGAGGACACAUCAGCAGCAAUGAUGUUUGGAUGCUGAGCUCCCAGCUGAAUGUCUGGAUUAAGGUUGCUUGUCUACAGAAGGGCCGAUGGAGGCACAAAAUGGCAACACUUCAGGGCAAGAUCUAUGCUGUGGGAGGCUUUGAUGGUUUUUACCGCCUCUCCAGUGUGGAGUGCUAUGACACCUUCUCCAACAGCUGGUCAACCUUGGCCCCCCUGCCUCAAGCUGUGAGCUCGGCAGCUGUGGUCUCCUGCCUGAACAAGCUCUAUGUGCUUGGUGGUGCCGUGGAUGACACCGCUAACACUGACAAGGUCCAGUGCUAUGAUCCAGAGAACAACAAGUGGACGCUUUUGUCUCCCACCCCUUUUUACCAGAGGUGCAUCAGUGCCGUCUGCUUGGACAACAUCAUUUAUGUUGUAGGUGGACUUCUCAGUAAAAUCUUCAGCUAUGAUCCAAGGAAAGACAGCUGGCGAGAAGUGGCCACCCUGCCUGGGCCUCUGGAGAGCUGUGGCCUGACGGUGUGUGGAGGGAAGAUCUACAUCUUGGGUGGCCGAGACGAGAACGGGGAAGGCACGGACAAAGCGUUCACUUUCGACCCGGUGACAGGGGACGUGGAACAGCAGCCGCCGCUGCAACGCUGCACCAGUUAUCACGGCUGUGUGACCAUCCUGCAGCGCAUGAACAGAUGACCAUGGGGCUCCAACUGCAUCCACCUCCCACCCAGAGCCCUCCCUUGGGACAGUGGCCACCCAAAGCAUGGACAGAUAUCUCACCUUUGUGUGGGGAAGGGCAAUACAAGCCACUGAAGAAGAUCUUCUCCAGCCAGCCCCUGAGCAGCCUCUAUUUUGUUUUUCCUGGCCUCCUGAUGUAAAUGGGUUUGAUUUUGAUCAAGGUCAGAGGAUUAAAAGGUGCUGGGCUGUGUGAAGCUGCAUCACAGACCUUGCCAUAGUAGGAUACAAGCAUCCUUGCAGCCCUUGGAACUACUAAGUUUGACUUUUACGUAAGUUUAUCUGGCUGCAGAUUACCGUUUCCUUUUAUGUUGGCAACAGAGGCUUGCUGUCCUGCAAGGACAAGUAUUUGGUGCUUUCUGAUGCCCAAGACUGCUCAGUAACACUUAUAACUACAGGAUCCAACUCUGUAGCUAAAGCUAUCAGAAAUUUGGCUAUUUACUUCAGUAGAGCUCUGUCAAACCAUGGUGGUGAACUAAAUGUCCAUUAAUGUCCAUGAACAGCUAGUCCCAUUGCAAUGGAGAGCUGAGAUUGAGACUUCAAAGCUGAUAUCCCAAGAAAAUUUCUCUACUAAAUCCCCAAAAUUCUGGUUAAAUAGUCCAUUCUGCACAUGCUGUAUGAGGGUCUAUUCCCCUAAAUUGUCUUUGUGAACACCAUGACAAGUGAUUCGUGUAGCCAAGAAUUCUUUCUUCAGAAACGCUAGAGGUAGGGGAAUAUUAACGUGUAGGAAUUAAGCAUGAAGAUCUGAGGCAUGGUAGCCAUAAAAUCACAUCUGGCUCAUUUUGGCUCUGGAGUAUGCUAGCAGGUAUUAAAAUAAAUUCAAUAUUGAACAGGUUUGAUACAGGGUCCUAAGAACCUGAAUGAACAGCUCAUUUGGAGGGUGUUUGAUUACACAGACCAUGUUUCUCCAAGCCAGCUGGUCUCAGGUAUAGAAAUGAUCCUGCACACAUUGAAUUUGUGUAGAAUAGUCAUAGCUUUUUGUGUUGCGCUCCAUGAUUGGAACUGGUGAUUUCUGGUGGGUCCUUGUAACUGUUCACGUUGUUCAAUUAGGGACUUAGUUGUUGUCAAAUGUAGAGUGGGGUCUCUUAAAAACUCCCAUUACAUGUACAUUUUAGGGUGCACUCCUCUACUGCAGGUUGGCUGCUGUUUUCUCUGCACCUUCCUUUCCUCACCCCAAUGAUGACUUCUUCUUGAAGUAGAGGAAACUACUAUGUUCACUGUCCAAGAUACUCCCAUUUUCAGGGCAUUUUAAUUGUCUUUAAACACCUGGUUUUGCCUGGUUUCCCCAUACAGCUGGUUUUUAUCUGGUCUUAUUUAGUACCUCUGUUUUCUGUCAUCUCUGAGAAGUUCUCCUCUUUGUUGUGAUGGUAUCAAGCUUAACCAUAAAACAUGGCAAAAAGAAGUCCCUGCUGAAGAACCAAAACUGGCUGUAACCAGAGUAUGCUCCUUAGGAAAUGUAUGCUCUUUCUUUGUCCAAGUGAUGAGCAAAGGUAUUUCAUAACACGAAUCGUACCUUAUGCUUCUCAUAGUCACAUCUGGAAAGUCUCAGGGCUAUGGUGGCCAUUUUAGACAUCAAGGUGCACUACUUGGACAUUCUUAGCCUCAUUCUCCUUAAGGUCUGUGAAUGUGGAUUAGACCUUUUAUCAGAUCAUGAGCAACACAAUGUGUCAUUUAAACAAUAAAAAGAGAUUCAAUGCCGAUACAGGUUAUUCCCUUGAGGACCUAAAAGGAUAUUAAUGUUGGUAAAAGGCAAUUUUAUUUGCAAUCAAAUUGCAUCCACAGUUGUGUCUGUAAUGGGAAUGGUGAUUACAGGAGAAACUGGCACCUCUCCUUCAGUUAGUUCAUAGAAUCAUAGAAUAGUGUGAGUCGGAAGGGAACUUCCAAGCUCAUCCAGUGCCACCCCUGCCAUGAGCAGGGACAUCUUCACCAGUUCAGGUUGCUCAGAGCCCCGUCCAGCCUGGCCUGGGAUGUCUCCAGUGAUGGUUCAUCCACCACCUCUCUGGCUAAGCUGGGACAGGCUCUCACCACACUCAGGGGCAACAGUGUCUUCCUCAAGUCUGGCCUGAAUCUCCCUCCUCUAGUUUAAAACCAUCACCCCUUGUCCUAUUGCAACAGGCCCUGCUCAGAAGUCUGUCCCCAUCUUUCACCUUGGCCACUUUUGAGUACAGAAAGGCCACAGUAAUGUCUCCCUGCAGCUUCUCUUCUCCAGCUGAACACCCCAGCUCUCUCAGCCUGUCCUCCCAGCAGAGCUGUUCCAGCCUCGCAUCAUUUCUGUGGCUCCUCUGGCCCCUCUCCAGCAGGUCCAUGUGUGUCCUGUGCUGAGGACCCAGAGCUGGACCAGCACUGCAGGGGGGUCUCACCAGAGCGGAGCAGAGGGGCAGAAUCCUUUCCCCCCGCCUGCUGCUCACGCUGCUGGGGAUGCAGGCCAGGACACGGGUGGAUUUCUGGGCUGCAAGAGCAUGUUGCCAGCUCAUGGCCAAUCUUGCACCCCCAAGUUCUUCUCCUGGGGGCUGCUCUCCAUCCCUCCAUCCCCAGCCUGGAUUGAUACUGGGGUUAAAUUGGCUCAAAAGAAAACACCUGUCACAAGCAUGAGCACACCAACCCAUACUGUGCAAGCCUUCAGGGCCAGAGAGACCUUUCUCCUCCAGUGUCAUGAUUUCCUGAGGACCACAAGUCCCAGUCUAUCUCUCCUCUCCAAUUUUGCCUCUCUCAUUGCUCUCCUGUGCAUAAGCAAUCCACCACUUUUGUACGGCACCCCUUCAAAGUGCGUGGCUUGGGACCCACUAUCUCCGCCUCACCUCAUAAUUUAUUUAGCCAAGGAAGUUCUUAAUUCUCCAUAGACUUUCCCGUUAGUAUAUCCCUCCCCUUGGUCUGCACUUUGGAAAACUGUGCUAUUUUUUCAAGCAAAUGAGUGCAGUCAGAGCUUGCAUUGAGCAAAGUCUGCUCUGCUGAGGACGGUGAGCAUCACAAGGAAUCAGGCCUUAUGAAAGGGGUGGUCCUCAUGCCGAAUUUCUGACUUAAAUAGGGCCUUAAACACAGACAUAGCUUCCUUGGCUGCUGGCAGAUCUUUGUGCUCUUGUUCUUGAGAAGAGCAUAGUAAUAUAUUUGGACACAGAUUAAAAAAAAAAAAGGUAGUUUUCCACUUGCACCAACAACUUCUCUUCCCACUGUGUUUCCUGAUUUUCCUAAGGCCUCCUGGGAGUUUCUUACUGUACUUCAUGUUUUAUUCCUGUAGAAAUAAGCACACUCAAAAGGGUAGAAGGUGUUCUCAUCAGCUUCUCCACGUUUUUGAUAUGUGUGGUUUGUUGCAAUAGGUGUAACAUGGUGGUGGAAGUUAUGACAUAGAUACUGAAAGGUUCACCUCAUUCUUUGUCCUAAUAUUCGUGUGUUUGUGUCCUGUAAGGGCUGUGGCCAUGCAUGGAAUGGUCAGGGAAGGAAUUUAACCUAGUCUUUUUUUUAGAAAUAAAUAUUCACCUUGACUCC